AUGCUACUGCAGCUGCGCACAUGGAAACUGUGCGAUGCAUGGCUUGGGCCAGGAUCUGCCGAUACAAUCAGAGAGUUUCAACCAGAUUCCGACCUGAACUGGGCGAAGUCACGACAGACUCCACAUGUGGAAACUGGAACGACGAAAGUUCCUAUCCAAGAACCGCAGCAUCGGAUAGAGACGCUGGACAAAACAGACGAUCAAAUAGAAAGCGAGUUGACAAGACCAAACCGGCGAAGGGUGGCCGCCGACACGGAUUUGAAAAGCAAAAUAUCAGCUGUGAGGAAACGGCUAACGGUCGGUGCAGAGCAGGAGCUGUGUCGAGAGAUGUUGGAUUACUUCGGUCCCGGCAUGGAGUCACUGCACGCACUUCUUCUCGGCUUGGAUUCGUCAGGCAAAACAGCGCUCGUGGAGCUGAUGGAGAAGGCCAUUACACAUCGCUUCAUGUCACGCAGCACACUAGCUGGAUGUACAACUCGUCACGUGACCCAUCAUCGCAUCAAUUCCUACCUGAAGGUGAUAGAUACACCGUCCGUUGCGCUCCAUGAUCCAUACGCAGCAAACAACGUCCUCCUGAACAUGUUCCAUCGGCGCAUUCAGGAUGGUGAAGAGGUUUCGCUAGAGCACAGAAGCCAUGUCCCUCAGCAGAAACCCAUCAACUACGACACUGUACUGGACGGCUGUCAGGUUGUGGCCUUUGUGAUCAGCGGCGAAGAUCUAUUAGACCCACGCCAGAAACCGAAGAUGAGGGAGCUGUGCCUGAGGUUCUGCUCAUACUUACGAACCCUGUACAACCCAAACGUGCUCCCACAAGAAGCUAGUGAUGCUGGCUUUUCAACGAAGAGAGUGUGGAUUCUCACGCACACAUCACGUGCUGUAGCGAACGGCCACAGUGAACAAGAUCUAAGGCAACUUACACGGAGUCUCAUCGAUGGCAGCAGUGAUUCGACAGAUCCUGUCUUUCUCAUUGAUUGCUGCGAGCCAGUGGUUCCAAACUGGAAGACGACCGAGCAACUCAGCCCUGCGGAUGUCGUUCACCGUGAUGUCACUGGCCAUGGAGGCUGCACGCCGCUGCUUCGAAAUCAAGGUGCUGAAUGGACAGCGGUUUCGAUCCUGGAUGAGAUCUACAUGCUCUGCCAGGAAGCUGUGAAAGAGCGGCUACGCAGAGUGAAGGGAACAAGAGGCCGCCGACUAAGCCCACAUGAUGAGAAUGUGGGAGAGGAAUCUAUCACAGUUCGCACCUUCAUUCUCCAACUGUACUCCGGACAAGAAGCUGAUCUGAAGCAGGAGCUUCACGUCAUCGUCAAGUACUUCACUGACAGAGGACUGUUUAAUUUGGCAGCUCUCCGUGCGUCCAGAGGCACCAGGCCAUUCUGGGAAGUGGUGGAAAGUCGCAGGACAGUUCCGAGGACGGUUCGUGACAGCAUCAUGGCCUGGGUGAAUGGGGAAAUGACGCUGAGUGAAGGGCACUCGUUCUUUCAACGUGCAGCUGUCCCCUGAACUGUGUUUUUCAAUUGUACUGCAGGUUUUGGUCCACCAAAGCAUUCUUUUAUCCCUCAGAGUUGCUAGAUACAAGAACAUUUUAAAUUAUACCGUUUUCUGUGUCCAUUGUCAUUGUCAACCAUUUGAAUUUAUGCUGUAUUCUUCUAGGUUGCAAUGAACGUGGAUGUGAAUCUUAAUUGACCCUAUACAAAUCUCUCAAUUCAUUCAUAUAAUUUGAUCCUUCCACAUGUAUAUGUACAUGAAGAUUGCAGGGUGGAUAAACAAGGGUUGAAAUUUAUGGGUAGACUGCCACCUUAACCUCG